AUGAGAGAAAUAUUGAAAACGUUCAUCCCUCGCGCGCACUGGUCCUCCACGAACGUGGAUAUCGUCCCGACGACUGCAUCUGCGAUGAAGCUCGCGCAAUGGGGCGGAGUGGGGGUUUUUACCGCGUUUUGGAUGAUUGGUACGCGAUCUCAUCGUUGUUUGAAUACGUCGUGUGACGCGCGAAAUGUGUCCGCUCUUUUGUUAUUGGGGGGAUUGGAUCUCUUUCUCUCUCUUUAG